UACUUAAGAGGUAACCGCAUAAAGAUGCGAUUUUUACUGAUGAAAAUUCAGAAAAAAAUGAACAUAACGAAUUUCAAUUAAGUCUGAAGAUAUGGACAAGAAAAUCCGAAAUAUGACUUCAAAAUUGAAACCCAACAGGUAAUACACUAUUUACGGAAUAUUUUUGUAUUGGAAUUUCUAGAUUUUUCAAAUAUUUUUUGAUCUCGCAAUUGAAUGCAACUCAAUUGAACCUUUGAACAUCUUUGAACCUUUAAUAUCUCCUGAUCUGUAUCGCCAUUGAUAAACACUUCAUUCACAAUUCAUAUAUUUCAGUAUAGUUCAAAUCUGAAAUUUGGAAGCGAAGAAAUAGUCAAAUAAUUCGCAUUUCUGGCAAUUUAGCUUUGAAAGUUGAAUAACUAUUAAAAUAAAACAAAAUUAAAUUCCGCUUACAUAAAAAAUAUGAAGAAAUACAAAUGAAGCGGUUAGAGCAAAAAGAGUACGAGUGAGAUUUUUCAUGUAAGUAAAGAAAAACUGAAAUGUUCUUUAACUCCUUAAGUAACCUAUACAUUUCUAUACUGGUUUCUAGCUAUUCUAAUUUUCUAGGCAAAUGUAUGGCGUACGUAGGCAAAAAUCUGAAUAAAACAUCCAGAUAAAAAAGAAACCCUGGGAUAGGAGUACCCUUAGCUUGGAGUAUCUGCGAUAUACCCUUAGCUCUAGCCCUUCAAAUUACUUACUUACUACUAGCGCGCAAUAUCCAAAUGAAAUAUUUAAAAGGUGUUUUAUGAGUUCAAAAAAGUUUUCAUUAAAGGAUCUUAUAAACCAAUACCCUAGUUACAACACCAUUUAUAUAAUAUUUAAUAUGCAACUUAUAACGAUCAUAGAUAUUUUUUUAAUGUGGAAGAUUUGCCAAUUUGGUGUUUUACAAAUCUUGUCUAUAUCUAGUGGGAAAAGAUUGUAUACUGUAAUAAUAUAUUUGAAUAAGCUACAAAGACCUAUUUAGUAAGAGAUUACAAAUCAAGGUUAUGUCUGAAUCAAAAUACAAAUAAAUAUUACAUAAAAAUAACCUAAUAAUGUUCAGCUAUAAUAAAGAAAUUACUUAACAUGAAGCGAGAUGUGAAUCAAAUUGUUUUAAAAUCGAUGCUAUAUGCCUAUAACAGGCACUUAUCCACACAAUUGCAUCAAUUUGUGCCAAAGCACAAGCCUGUGAGUGAAAGUGAUGUGAAACGAUUGCAAGAAUUUAUAUUUAAUUCCAAAAAAUUGCUGGUUUUAACUGGGGCUGGAAUAUCUACCGAAUCCGGUAUUCCUGACUAUCGUUCCAAAGAAGUGGGAUUAUAUGAAAGAACCAACCACAAACCUAUUCAGCAUAUAGAGUUUAUCAAAUCUGCAACUGUGAGACAAAGAUAUUGGGCCCGAAACUUUGUAGGAUGGUUUAGAUUCUCAAAGAGUCUGCCAAAUUCUGUCCACUUUUCUAUAAGAGACUUGGAAAUUGAAGACAAAAUAGUCCAUACGGUUGUUACACAAAAUGUGGAUGGUUUACACUUGAAGGCAGGAAGUAGAAAUGUUAUUGAAUUGCAUGGAACAGGAUAUCGAGUUAUCUGCCUGAAGUGCGAUGCUCUAUAUGACCGUGACUACAUCCAAGGAAAACUGCUCGAAAAUAAUUCUAUAGAUUUUGAAGAAACUACAAAGAUGAUUCGGCCAGAUGGAGAUGUGGAAAUUGCAUCGGAUUUUAUGAACGAUUUUAUUCCUCCUAUAUGCGAAACAUGUGGAGGAGUUUUAAAGCCAGAUAUAACAUUUUUUGGCGACAAUGUACCUAAACAAAGAGUAGACCUUGUGAGAGAAAAGGUCUCUCUAAGUGACCGAAUAUUAGUGUUAGGUUCAAGUCUUUCAGUGUUCUCAGGUUAUAGAAUAAUUUUGCAAGCUCUCGAGGAGAAGAAACCUGUGUGCAUUGUCAAUAUUGGAUCAACGCGAGCAGAUAAACUAAUUAAUUUAAAAAUUGAUGCUAAAUGUGGCGACAUUUUACCAAGGAUUAAAAGCUAGAACAUUGAGAAUAA